AUGCAGUCGUGGAACGUCAUGAGGCAAUGCCGCCCUUUUGUGGUUGCCGGUGAAGGUCUUCGACUCGCUGACGAAGGCAACCAGACCGCAGACAGAAAGACAAACGCUGGCGAUGUACUGCAUAUGCUCCCCGUUGACGUGUUCGCGCAGCGUGUUGCUGGGUCGAACCGCCGCUCAAUGUUCGUCGGCUCAACGCCACAGGAACAGAACAUUACUGCUGCCAAUGAGGCUGCAGUGGUAGCAUUUCUGGUGAAAUACUUUUACGCUCUUGGCGACCACGAAAGAGCCAUCAAGUUCUUUGAAAGUUACAGCCGCGACCGCAUGAAUUGGCUGAAGGAGCGAUCCGCAGUAGAAGCGGGAGCUGGUGGGUUCCCUCGAGCAUCCAAAACUCUCUCAUCUUCUGUGUCAGGUUUUGUGCGCGCCACUCGCUUGUGGGCCCCUGCACGUAGCGCGUAUCUGGAGUUACUUAUGGCAAAGCAUAACUACCACAAGAUCGCCCAAUUCGCUCGACAAGAUACUCGCAAUUUGGAAACUGCCUGUGAGUCCGCGAUGACCGCGGCAUCGCUGCUUAUCGGUUGUCGGAAGGGAAAAGAUAGCACAUUGGCUCGACUAGUCAUUGAGACAAUGGCGCAGAAGAACCCGGUAUCGGUACUCCCGCUGCCACCUUACGAACUUGCCAUUAAGGCCGCAAUACAGAAGAAGAACCGCAGCGAAAGCGACCUUGAAAAUGCGCUUUGGAUUGCUCGCGUGAUGCAGGAUGAUGCCGCGUAUGUGCUCCACCCUGAUCUCUGGUUCGCACUCUUUAACACUAGCUUACAUCUGAAGCAAAAAGACCGUGCACUGUCCUUUGCGCUUGAGACCUUCGGCUUGCACUCGAAGAACUUCACGGCGCUGUACCAGGGUCCAUUCCGCCGAGCGCUACGUAAAGCGUGUCGACUAAAUCGAUCUGAUGUUGUGAUGGGUAUGAUGCGCGAGUGGCUGGCUGCUGCCGAUGGUGUGGAUGCAGAGGCGAAGACGCAAGUGCUGGGGUUUGUGCUGCGGGAAAUGCUGUAUCGUGGCUUUCCCAUGUCGAGUAUUACCGAGUUGCUCGAUGUUAUGGAGUCUUUCCACAUCGAGACAAGUCGCGUCAUGCUCCAGCGAAUUGUAAGGACGAUUCUUGACGACGCCCAUGAGACUCGUUCACCCCACGAAUCUAUGAAGAGUUCGCUUGAGUUUUGGAAGACGCAUACCAAUGUGCAGAACCCAGUUUACGUCAUGUACGUGCUCAUCCAACAGUGUCUGGAACGCGGCUGGUUCGAUGAAUGCGAGUUGGUAGUGAAAGAGAUUGCAAAGCGACGAUUCCUAGCGGUUCAUGCAACAGCGUCAUCGCCAUCAUGGAUAUGA